AACAGGUUUUUUGAAAAACAGACACAUGGUCAGGGGUGGACUGACCAUUCGGGCACUGCCCGAGGGCCCGGGGUCUGUAGGGGGCCCUAUGAGAUGCACUUGGUACCUUUCAUAGGCUUUUUUGGGUGUGGUUUGAGUGUGAGCUAGGACACAAGGGCCCCAUGAUCCCCUAUUGCCCGGGGGCCCCAUGAGUUGUCAGUUCGCCCCUGCACAUGUGCCAGCUCAUCAGUGCAGCAUCAUUAGUGCCUCUUAUCAGUGCCCAUCAGUGCUGCCUAUCCUUGUC